GCUUCGAGCGCUUCGACUUGGACGAUGCUAGCUGGGGGGAUAUCCCGGUGCCAGGAAACUGGGAGCUCAAUGGGUACGGUUUUCCCAUCUACACAAACGUGGACUUCAUCUUCGAAUGCGAUCCGCCAAACAUCAGGUAUCGCGGAGAUGAUAAGGACUACAAUCCAACGGGGACAUAUCGAAGAAGCUUUGAAUGCCCACCUGAGUGGCUAGGAGGCGGCCAGCAGGUCUACAUCCACUUGGGCGCUGUUUGCUGCACUUGCCGUGCUUGGCUGAAUGGCCAGGAGCUGGGCUUCAGCACUGAUAGCAAGCUACCAGUGGAGUUCAACGUGACUCCUCAUCUGCGCCCUGGGCGCAAUGUCCUGACGUUACAAGUUCUUUGUUGGGGAGCUGCCGCCUACUUGGAAGAUCAGGAUAUGUGGUGGUUUGCUGGCAUCACACGCGACGUGUAUGCCUACGCCCGCCCUGGCGAGCGUUUACGGGACAUCUCUGUCCGAGCUGGAGCAGACGGGAAGCUGGAAAUAGUGGGGCGACAUUCGGUGCAAAUUCCAGACAUUAAUCUUUGGAAUGCAGAGGUGGGCCUGGGAGCCAUAUCUCUACACCCUCUUGGUGACCUGGCCAAGAUCACCAGCCUCUCAACCCAUGCAAUUCAAGCUUUGGAGAUCUUGACUUUGGCAGCUUGUAUGCUGGUGUGCCUCCGCGUGGGCUUCCGCACUGUGGAGAUCCGGCAGGGGCGACUAUUGCUGAACGGCAGCGAGUUGACGAUCCGCGGCGUGAACCGCCACGAGCACCAUCCCACCAACGGCCACGUCGUGGACCGCGAGUCCAUGGUGACAGAUAUCCGCCUCAUGAAGCAAAACAAUUUUAAUUCAGUCCGUUGCGCACAUUACCCGAAUGACCCCCUGUUCUAUGAGCUUUGCGACGAGCUGGGCUUGUACGUAGUGGACGAGGCGAACAUCGAAAGCCAUGGCGUUAGCUUCAGCUGGGACAAGACCUUGGGAAACAAGGAGGAAUGGGAUGCAGCUCACAUGGCUCGCGUGCAGCGUUAUGUGGAGAGAGACAAAAACUUCCCGAGCAUCAUCAUCUGGUCUUUGGGAAAUGAGGCUGGCAAUGGAAUCAACCAUCAUCGAACGUAUAUGUGGAUAAAACGGAGAGAUCCAACUCGGCCUGUGCAGUACGAGAACGCUCGGUGGAGAAGCGAUCCAGACUGGAAUACGGACAACAUAGAAAGAAUUGAUGCAAACACGGACAUCUAUUGUCCUAUGUAUCCCAGCCACUGGAAACUGGAGCAGUAUGGGAGACGCUACGAGGAUGAUGUUCAUGCCCAUCCUCUGAUCAUGGUGGAGUACGCACAUGCCAUGGGAAACUCCUUGGGUGCUUUCAAGGAGUACUGGGACAAGAUCUACGAGUACGGGGUCUUGCAGGGUGGCUACAUCUGGGACUGGGUCGAUCAAGGCUUGGCAACCCAGAAGAAUGGCAGGAGCAUUUGGGCCUUUGGUUCGGAUUUCGGGGGCAAAGAUACCCCGACCGAUUUGAAUUUCUGCAUCAAUGGCCUGGUGCAACCGGAUAGGAAACCCAAUCCACACCUGUUCGAGGCCAAGAAGGUGAUGCAGCAUGUGACAUUCAGCGCGAUUGACUUGCCAAAGGGCAUCGUCGAAGCGCAAAAUCGCUAUGAUUUCCUCUCCCUGCAGCAUUUGGAUUUCUUCUGGCAAGUCACAAUGAACGGCGCGGUUGCACAGUCCGGCACGUUGCCAGGCUUGCGCACCCCUCCACACCAAGCAGAACGUUUUGAGUUACCGCUGCCAAAAGACAUGGCUGGAGCUGGACGUUGUGAAGCCCACGUGCUUGUGUCUGCCCGCAUGC